AUGCUGGCGUCGCCGCAAGACAGCAGCAACGCUGUGCCGUCAGAUGAAGGCGUCAGCCUGCAGCAGCAGCAGCAGCAGCAGCAGAAGCAGAAGCAGAUGUUAAAGCAACAGCAGCAGCAGCAGCAGCAGCAACAGCAAGAGGAAAAUGAAGAAGAAGUGCAGCAACAGAAACAGAAACAACAGAAACGCAGACACAAGAAGACAGAUUCAAACACAUGA